GGGGGGGGGGGGGGUUUCAAUGGGGUAGACUACGGAUUUUCUGGGAUUUUAUUUGGCCUUUCUUUGGACUUUCUUUUUGGGCUUUUCUUUUUGGGCUCUUUGGGGGCGGGAUUAUAUCGAGAUCCGGCUCGGCGGGACGGCGCGGGGCGGCACCGGGCGGGGCGCGGCCGGGGGUUCUCGACGUUUAGAUUGCGCAUCGGGGCGAUCUAAUUCCGCCUCCGCACCCUCCGCGCGCGCGCGCGUGUGUGUGGAUGGGAUGUGGAUGGGAUGGGAGGGCUGUGUAUGUAAGUAACAUUUACAUACUAUUUAGCUAAUGACGUAUCUGGACAGGACAGGACAGGACAUAAUCGGGGAUUUGAAUUUUGGGGGAUUUGGGGGCGUACAUCUAACAUAUCUAACGGUUGUAUUUUUGGGGGCGGGUAUUGUGGAAUCUGGAUGGAUGGUUCAUGGAUGUCUUCUGUAUAUAGGUGUGCCAUGUUGUUUUUACAUAUCUGCAUCAACGGGGGUUCUUGAUUAUCCGGGGUUUCGGCGGGUAUGUACUACGGUGUACUACAGAGAGUACUAUAUACUUCCAGUGCAUGUGGCGCGCGCGGUUAAUACUCUACACACUCGAGGUACGUCGGGCCCGAGCGUUUUGGAUAUUUACAUGGUAGAGUAUGUUCCGAGUGUGAAGAAGCUUCUGUACUGUAGGUGCUGUAGGUACUGUAUAUAGAUUUCUGUCUCUCGGGUUGAGCGUGCAGUUAAUCAUCACAAUCGCAAUUGGAGAUGAGUGCUCUGGUGACCGGUGAACGUGGUUCCACUUUGAG